AUGAAUUUGGCUAAUUCCAAAUCAAUAUACAAUGGUGAUGAUAACAGUGAGAAUAACACGAAUGAAUCCACAACUAGUCAACAAAAUAAUGAACAAACCGCAACAGAAUCAACUGUACCUACAAUAACUAUUGAACAAGAUGAUAUUGUUGAAGAUGGAGAAAAUCAAUAUCCCGGUGAUAAUGAAUUUGAUAGUGAUAACAGCGAAGAAUUUGACGAUGAAGAUCAAGAUAGUGAAGAUGAUUCAUCAUUUAUAGACAGACAUCAUCUAGGGAAAAUACAAUUACAACGAUCAUGUUCAGCGGCAAGAGAAACAGAAUUAAAAUCACCAUUAAAUAUUAUUAGUGAUUUAACAAACAUUUCGUCACCAUUAAAUCGAUGUUAUAUACGAUGUAUGAAACGUCUAAUUCAACAACGAUCAUCGUUAAGACAUUCAGCAUCAGAUAGUGAUGUAUCGAAACCACAACAACAACCAAUUAUUUUAUCUAUUUCAACAACAAGUAUUUUACCAAUAACAUCAAUAAAACGUAUCUAUUUACCUCUAAAUCUUGUUGAAUAUUUAAAACAAAAAAUACUCGAUUGGUUAUCAAAUAUUAGUGUAACAAUUAAUAUGAUAAUAGCUGAAUGUUUAAUUAAACAAGAUUGGUUAAAUAAAAUUAAAUGUCAUUGUUGGGUUCGAUUAUUAUUAACAUAUUUAAUUGAAUUUAAAAUUGAAUUAGAUUUUCUUAAUUGUUCAACAUUAGUUAGUGAUGGAUUUUCGAAUGAACAUCGUUGUGUACCAGAAACAGAUGGUUUAUAUUUAAAAUCUAUUUUACAAAAAGGUUAUAGAUUAAAUGUAAAUUCACAAAUAAUGGAAAAUAUCAGACGAAUUAUAGUCAUAAAAACUAUUCAAGAAGCAUGUCAUUGUGAAACUGUAGAAUUACAUGAUGUCUAUGUUAAAGAAUUAAAAACACUUAAACAUCAAUCAACUGAACCAACAUUAUAUUCAAAAAUACUCUUAUUUUUAUCCAGUUUAUAUUCUGUUAAAGUCGAAACAAUUCAUACUCUACUAUGUCAACAUCUAAGAAGUGAUCAACAAUUUUGUUAUUUAUUCGAUUAG